GAUUCACCAUCUUGGGCCAGCAUUAUCUGAGCUGUUCGUAGUAAUACGCCUGUGACACGAGAACUAUAAUCCUACCGCCUCAAGGUCAAAUAUCACCGGGUCAAUAGACGCCCGGGUACGGUAUGGUUGCUGGUAUGAAGCAGUGUCUUUGUGCGAGAAGCCGGAGUCAAGAUAAGCUCAUUAUAAUUGUUUGCACGAGUAUAAAGUCCAUUGCCUUCCGAGACGGAUGAAAGCCGCAUUGUACUACUACGUACCGUCCACAAAAUAAGAGAACAUGGCUUUUGAGAAGCUCGACGAUGCACUGUAUAGCAUCGGUAAAUACGGAAGAUAUCAGUUAAUAAUGAGCGUCAUAAUUACAGCACUUGGGACAUUAUUUCCGGCUUGGCAAAUGAUGGGAAUAAUCUUCAGCGCUGACAGACCGAAAUCCUUUCACUGCACAACAACAAAGGGUCUGACCUUGUUAGGAGAGGGGACUGCCGGGCCGAACGCUUCGGUUGACGGUAGGACCAACUCGUCAUUUGAAGAUACAGGAUCUCAAGAUGCAUGUCAAGCAGUGAGUUUCGUCAAUGGGUCGGAGAGUGUUAGUCCGUGUACAGAGUGGACAUAUGAACGGAUUUAUAAUGAAUCUACCAUCGUGACAGACCUAAAUCUGGUCUGUGAUCUAGGUAUACUUGCAGAGACCGCCCAGUCCAUUUUCCUAUUCGGCAUGCUGAUAGGUGCCGUAGUGUUCGGGUAUCUUUCGGACGUCUUCGGUAGAAAGGUCGUGCUGCUCGGGGCAUGUGUAGUGAAUGGCGUAUUCGGCGUAGCUGUUGCUUUCGUCUGGAACUACGUUGGGAUAGCUGUGCUCUGGUUUCUGACUGGCAUGUUUGCGCAAGGCUAUAAUAUGGUACAGUUUGUGGUGAUCAUGGAAAUGUUCCCUUCUGAAUGCCGAACUCUAGCGGGCAGUUUGAACAACUUUAUUUGGGGCGUGGCCAUGGUACUUCUUGCCCCCAUUGGCUACACAUUUACCAAUUGGCGCCAUAUGCAACUGGUUAUUUCAAUACCAUGUUUUAUAGCCCUACCACUUUGGUUCCUGUUAGAUGACUCCGUGAGGUGGUUACUCGCAGUAGGGCGCAAAGACAAAGCACGUGUUAUACUUGAAAAGAUGGCCCGUUGGAAUAGACGCACGCCACCACCCGGUGGGUUUCUUGAGAUCAGUGAGGAUUUACCCCCUCUGUUGAUUGCGAGUGAUGAUAACGACAAUAUAAAUAAACUUCCCGUCACUACUGAAAGUUCACCAGAGAAAAACAGAUGCAGGUUUAUAGAUAUAUUUAAAAGUCGGAGGGUGCUUUUAAACGUAAUAAUCGUCUAUUUUUUAUGGUUUGUAGCACUGUUGGCGUAUCUCGGCGCAACGCUAAAUGCAGCAAAUCUCGCUGGGAAUAAAUAUAUAAAUGUUCUACUCUCUGGAGUGGUCGAGCUGCCUGGUUAUUUAAUCAUACACUUCACUAUGACGUGGUGGGGUCGUCGGCCAUCCAUGAGUCUGUUCUUCUUCGUGGCUGGGUUAGCAAGCAUUACAACAGCUCUCCUUCCUCAAAAAACAGCUAACGGAACAGAUCUGACCGUCGCCAUCUUGAUUUCCGCCAUGCUGAUUAAACUAUGCAUCAUCUGUUCAUAUUCUAUAAACACAAUCUGUUGCACGGAGAUACUGCCAACACCUAUUAGGAAUUUGGGCUUUGGAGUGGGAGCGGUUUGUGGUAAUAUCGGCACUGUAGUAGCACCAUUUGUUUUGUAUUUGGAUGAAGUCGCACCUUACCUGCCUUUGACGAUUAUUGGAGCACUUUGUGUCUUGUCUUCCAUCCUUGUUCCCAUCCUUCCAGAGACAAAAGACAAACCCCUCCCAGAGACAAUCGAAGAUUCCGAAAACAUCGGCAAGAGGUUACCCGUCACUGAAAAUGAAAAGGGCACUGUACAUGUAACUUCCGUUAGGGUAGAUGCAACGACUGGGGACACUACCGUUUGAGCCCAGACAUCUGACGUCACACUUCGAAGUUCCAUAAUCACUGUUCUCGCGUCAGUUCAACUAGCCUCCGUGGCUUUGGAGAUUUGCAGUUAAACUUGACAUAGGCCUACAUACUACUUAUGUAUAUGGGCUACGUGACGUCACUUAAAAUAGACUUGUGCAAGUCUUAACAUCAAUACACUUAAUAUAAUAAUUAAUAGAUGUUAAAUAAUUUGCAUCGGGGAUAUAGAAUAUUAAUUUUGGUUUUUACCCGCAUA